AUGUCUACAUCUGAUCAUCCCGAGUCAGAUGGUCAGACGGACCGUGCCAAUCGUGUCCUUGAAGAGAUACUUCGAGGAUACGUACACUCCUUUAAGAGUUGGAGUGAGUUUUUGCCAAUGGUAGAGUUUGCCAUUAACAACUCGGUGCAUGCGUCCACGACACAUACACCGUUUUACGUGAAUGGCUUGCGCCAUCCGCGUGUACCCACCUUACUAGAGUGUAACUCUGGUUUGAGAGGGGGAGGGACUCGCGCGAGCAAAAACCGAUUUGGUUCACGCUCAUCACGCUCUGACGAAGAGGUCAUUGCGUUUGAUGCCGAUAUCGAUAACAUCGAUAUCGGAGAAGAUGAUGCCAUUGAGAGUGCGGAAGCCCUCACUGAAGAAAAGGUUGAUGUUGCUGCAGUGCACUCACAGCGCACUGAAGCUAACGAGUCAUCAGAUGAGUUCAUACUGGCUCGUGAAACGGUAGUCCGUUUUGUGCAAUACUCCAUCGCCGGAGCGGUGGAUAAGCAAAAGCAAAACGCUGACAAGAAUGGAAGAAAAAGCACUAUUUUGUUUAGUAAAGGUGACUUAGUCCUACUGUCUACGCUUAAUCUGCCAAAGCAUGUAGUGACUAACUUGGGUAGCAGUAAACUACUACCCAAGUACAUCGGCCCAUUUCGUGUAUUGCACCGCCUAGGCAAUGCAUACACGAUCGAGUUGCCACGUAAGAUGCGAACGCAUCCCACGUUUUACGUUAGUCUGCUGAAGCCGUACCAUCAGUACGCUGCUUCUUCCUAUGAAGAACGCCCUUGCGCUCAAGCAUCUCGCAGAGAGCCUUAUGCUCCCGAUGAUGGGCAUCGACAAGGGUCGGAAGAGCAUUUAUCUCAUCCCGAGACCGAUCAACAAUUCCACGAGCUACCCUUAGCUCGUCACGAAGAGAUGUCAAAGCUCUCUCGUUCUCAAGCUGAGCAAAAGCAUACUCGACUCGAUGCUUCAAGACAGUAUCCGCCAGUUGGAGACGCCUGUCCUGCUCAUGUUCGAGAUCGCCGCGUAACGCUUGCUUUACGCGAUCAAAGAAGCUCUAGGGGGCACACUCUUCCUUACGAUAGUUUGGAGAGCGUUUUCCCUCCUCCUCCACCUCCAUUAGAGGACUCUUGCGGUGGCCAGCGCUAUCUGGUUGAGCAGCUGUUGAACCAACGCAACGUGAACGGACGUCGGACGAGUACCACGUCCGGUGGCGCGGCUAUCCCCCGUCCUGGGAUACUUAGGAGCCCCGCUCCCAACUGA